CAGGUCGUGGUUGAGCUGCAAGCUUGCCCGGUGGCUUGCAUCACCGAAACUGGCCGGCACACUCUAGAGGAUGCUGCAUUGGAGUCAUAUUGGUAUGACGCGAAGCUCAAGAAUUUACGCUCCGCAAACAUACUUCUUACACCCGGUCAAUUGAUCAUCUACUUCCCCCCAGCUAACCUGCCUUGACUUCUCCUCCCACCACUCUUGCUGACCACCUUGACAUUACCGCCAUGGUACAAAGAUCCGACGUCAACUACUUCGGUGCUGGCCCCGCGCCGCUCCCCACCGCCGUCCUCGAGAAGGCGUCACAAGCGCUGCUCAACUACCAAGACAAGGGCCUCGGUCUCUGCGAGAUCUCCCACCGCUCGCCAGAAGCGAAUGCCAUCCUUGCCGAGACCAAGCAGGCGCUGAGCGACCUGCUCGAAAUUCCCAAUGACUACGAUAUCCUCUUCCUCCAGAGCGGCGGCAGUGGCGAGUUCAGCGCAACCGUGUACAACCUCGUGUCGAUGUGGGUAGAGAAGAAGCGUGCCAAGAUCGCCGCAGAAGCGGGCGACGACAAGGACGAGGUGCUGAAGAGGCUGCGAAAGGUCGUAGACGAGGAGCUCAAGAUCGACUACCUGGUCACUGGCUCUUGGUCGCUCAAGGCCUCGCAAGAAGCUGCACGCCUCAUCGGUGCCAAGCACGUCAAUGUUGCAGUCGACGCUCGAAAGGCCAACGACGGCAAGUUUGGCAAGAUCCCCUCUGAAGACCAGUGGAGCCUCACGCCUCGCUCGUCAGGCGGGCCAGCCUUUGUCUACUUCUGCGACAAUGAGACUGUCGACGGCGUCGAGUUUCCUUCAUUCCCCAAGAGCCUCGAGGGCGAGGACGCGCCCAUUGUCGUCGCUGACAUGUCCUCCAACUUCAUCUCCCGCAAGGUCGAUGUCAACAAGUACGGCGUCAUCUUUGGUGGGGCCCAGAAGAACAUCGGCAACACCGGUAUUGCUAUUGCCAUCAUCAAGAAGUCACUCCUUCCUCCUCAGUCACCGUAUGCCUCGCCAGAUCUCCUGAGAGAACUCAAUUUGGCUGUUGGACCCAUUGUCUUCGACUACCCCACAAUCGCGAAGAACAACUCGCUGUACAACACCUUGCCGAUAUUCGACGUAUGGGUUGCUGGGCAAGUCAUGAAGGGGCUUGUCGACUCAUAUGGUGCAAAGCGAAUCGGUGGCCAGGAAGAGAUUUCAGACGAGAAGGCCAACCUGAUCUAUGGUGUACUUGACAAGUACACCAAUGUCUACCGUGUUGUUCCAGACAAGUCCGCGCGCAGCAGAAUGAAUAUUUGCUUCAGAAUCGGUGGUGGAGAUGCAGACAAAGAGAAGGCUUUCCUUGCGGGCGCUGAGAAGAAGGGCCUGCUUGGUCUGAAGGGCCACCGCAGCGUUGGCGGCAUUCGUGCCAGCAAUUACAAUGCCGUCUCUCUUGAUGGCGCGAAACUGCUCGCCUCAUACCUUGAGGAGUACGCAAAGUCUGCGUAGACGGCGACCACCAGCUGCAAACCUGCCCUAUCGACUUCCGAUGAGGAAAUUCACAGCGUCACCACUUACACCAUGCACAAUGCAAUCUGUUCAAGAUCCUCAAAUCACAAUAUAAUGGCAUCCCAACGCCUCGAUCAUCAUGACUCCAUCGAUCUACCGCAGUUUACUCCAUCAACCCCACCUUCUGACGCAGUCUAGACCACAGUUAUCCUACUUGCCCAUGGCUCCGAGCGCCGAGCGGGGCGAGCAGAUCAGUAUACCACGUGCUAUCGCUUCUUGACACGAGCUGCUCAAGCAACUCAUUCGUGGCAUUUGUCGCUCAAUCCGCCAUGGGUGGCUUCUCGCCGCGGGCCGGGGAUGUGAGACCGACGAUGAGGUAGCGAGAUGAGGUCCUUCGCAUCAGGGUGAUCAUCAUGGUCUACGAACGCCGGCUGGAAGGUACAACGGUCACCCGGCAGGCGCAACACGCGUCGUCACUGCUGUUUAUCAAUAUCACCGAG